AUGGCCUUGAUACAACCAAAGAAAGAGGAUAGAAAUGAUUGGCAAUUAGUUUUAUCAAAUACACCACAUCAAGUAGUUUUAUACCACACACCAACGAAAUCUUUAAAAGUUUCCCCUAUUUCACCUACAAACACUGCCACAGAAGCUGGCAUCAUUUGUCCAACUUGUCUCCGUCCAUUAGACGAAGAAGAGGGCGGAAAUACCACAGACUAUUUCAGAUUGCUAGAGUCUCUCACCAUAGAGAACAAUAAAGCGCAACCUUUCCAUGCAAAACGUAAUUCAAUUGCUGGUACAACACCAGCUCAGCAUUAUCAUUCAAAGGAGGAUGACAUCACUUCACGAAUAGACGGUUACUAUGAGAAAUUCUUCAUCGAGCUGAGACAAAUCGGUAGAGGUGCUUUUGCGUCUGUCCACCUUUGUCAGCACUCACUGAAUGGUAAUCUACUUGGUUUGUACGCUGUGAAGAAAAUUGCAGUUGGUUUAUCAUCCGAUUACCUCAAGAAGGCUUUACAAGAAGUAAAAUUACUCGAAAGUCUAAGACAUUCACAUAUUGUUGACUACCAUCAUUCAUGGGUUGAAUUGGCUACUUUAACGACAUUCGGUCCGCGAGUCCCGACCUUAUAUCUUCUUAUGUCAUUCGCAAAUGGUGGCAGUCUGGCAGAGCUGAUCAGAGCCAGGCAGGGUCAUCAUGUAACAGAGGAUAUGAGAUCUUCAGAUAAUAUGACGAAAGAGGAGCUUAUCGCUAGUCAUAAACGUAGAUUAGGUAAACGAAUAGAACGAACAUAUGAAGGACCUUCUAAGCGUAUUAAUUACUUCCAUAAUGAUGAGUUAUUGCUCUUGUUUAGAAACAUCUGCGAUGGCUUGGAGUUUCUGCAUAGCAAAGGCAUAAUGCACCUUGACUUGAAACCCGCUAAUGUUCUCCUCAAUUGGGAUGAAACUAAUGAUACAAUACCACGCGCGAUGCUGUCUGACUUUGGUUCAUCUUUCGCCGGCGUCGGUAAUCCAGAGCGAACCGGACAGACUGGUACAAUGGAAUAUACAUCACCUGAAGCACUCUAUAAGGAUGAGAGGGGGAGAUUAUUAAAGGAGCGCUCAUUUAAGAGUGAUAUGUGGUCAUUAGGAAUGAUCCUAUACGAGAUGAUAUUUUUCAGUCUCCCUUGGCAAGAUUACGAUAACAACUAUGAGGAACUGAAUGAAGAAAUAUUAAACUAUGCAGGUUUUGAUGAACAAGCGUUGGAGAUGGCGAAGAAGCGACGCCCGGAUGUUCCUAUUAGGAUACUCGAAUUACUCAGAAAGCUUCUCGACCGAGAUGUUAACAACAGACCAUUGGCGUCUGAAGUCUUAGAGGAGGUGAUGAGUACGGAGCUUAUAGUCGAGAAGAAAGACAAGAUACCUCUAAUAAGAAAACAGAAGAUGAUGAAGAUCGCACUUUUUGGAAUAACGCUCUUAAAGGUGAUGCUGUUGCACGAUAUAAAGUCAAUAUGGCUGAGGCUAUAUCUUGGAUUAACCAUCGUUAUUGAUUUUGAGUAUAGAAAAAUAUUUUAUAGCGCCGUUCUCACUGUAAUACUCUUUAUCUUGUACUACAAUGACCUUAACUAAUAAACUUGGGUUGCUAUUAAUGCUCGCUAGUGUGACAAUAUUCAGUUAUUACACUAUCUGGGUGUUUGUAACCCCAAUAUACGAACUCAAGUACUUCCCAGAUAGGAAAUGGGCUAUCAGAAUACCAAUAGGGCUGUUGCUGAUGGGAUUGUCGAUUGUUGGAAUAUUUACAAGUUCUGUAUUAAUAAAAGAAAAGAAUAGAAAGAGGGAAUAAAUCAUUUCUUGUUGAUAGUCGGUUGUUGCUGUGACGUAGGCAUUCCCGGCUGCUGUGGCUGUGGCUGACUGUCGUUGUUCCUGCAAGCGACGAUCUUUAUCUUGUUAGCGUUCACCAAAUCACCCUGAUCAACUUUAAACGUUGGAUUCUUUACUAUAAACGUCCAGACUUCGUCACACAAUCUAUAAGUGUGGAGAUGUCCUCUCAUUUGAGUUUUAUUCUUCACUUGGUUUGAUAGUGCGUUCAUCAUAGAUUUAUCGAAUUGCGUGAGUACUUUCAUAGCCAACUCUGGGUUGAUAUGUCCAGAUGUAAUGAGUUCGUCGAGGCUAUCAGUAAGCGCUAUGCCUACACUCGAUCUUCUAUAAAGCUCAAAGUAAUUUUGGUUGUUAUUCAUUGACCUUCAG